UGCCACAAAGUAAAAUCAAAAAAAAUCGGAAGGAGUGAAUAUAUUUAGUUUAUACAAAUACCUUCAUUUAAUAUAUAUUAAACAGAGAUAAAUUAUAAAUUUUACACUAAAAAGAGCAGAAAAAGUGGUGUUGUGCAACGUGUCCAAUUAGAAUGAAAAAAGGAAUGCCGAAUAAAAUUCCAAUAAGAAAACAAGUUUCGUGCAUACAUUUGCAAAAGUGAACCUACGCUUAUAUUUUCCAAUUGGUUUUUAACUUCGUCUUUCUAUUAAGUGAAGAACAGGACAGAACAGAAAUUCCAAUAAGCAAAAUGAGAAAGUGGCGCACGGAAAUAUUGUCAUAAAUCUACUACAUGUAAAUAAUAGUAUAAAUUAAAAUAUAAUAAAUUAAUUGCAACGAAAAGAAUAAAAGAUUCUGGAACGAAAAAAGUAAGCAGCGCUCCAGACGGAAGUGUCACAACACAGUUUAUAAUGGCGACAUCACCACGCUCCGUUGACACAAUAUCACUAUGUUCCACCGUUUCCAGUUGCCCGGAUCGCAACGGCUUUUACGGUGGCUUUCAGCGCACAGAAAAACCUAAAGAACCACUCUCGAAAGCACAAAUCAUUGCGAGAGAAAAGAAGUGGUUGUAUAUGAUUGAUAAUUGGUCAUUGUAUAUGUCCAAAAAUUACAAAAAGAUUCGUGAUCGUUGUCGCAAAGGUAUACCAAAAUCGGUUCGCCCACGUGCUUGGUUCUAUCUUUCUGGUGCUUAUUUAUUAAAAAAGAAAAAUCCUACUGUCUACAAAGAAUUACUUGAACAGCCCGGUAAUCCACAUGUAAUCGAAGAAAUAAAAAAAGACAAACAUCGACAAUUUCCAUUUCAUGAAAUGUUUUUGGAUGAGGAUAAAGUUGGACAAAUCGAAUUAUUUAAUGUACUAAAAGCGUAUUCAAUAUACAAUCCGAAAGUGGGCUUUUGUCAGGCGCAAGCGCCCAUUGCUGCCUUCCUGCUAAUGCACCUACCGGCAGAAGAUGCGUUUUGGGUGUUUGUUAGUGUUUGUGAUGUUUAUUUAGAGGACUACUUCAUUACUGGUCUUGAGGUGCUGCAAAACGAUGCUGGCAUACUGGAGGGGCUCCUCAAAAAAACUUGUCCACCCGCAUACCGUCACCUGCAAAAGCACAAAGUCGAACCCUUACUUUAUAUGACCGAUUGGUUUCUAUGCGCUAUGACAAGAACAUUACCAUGGGAAACAUUGUUGCGAGUUUGGGACUGCUUUCUCGCCGAAGGCAUACGUGUCAUCUUCAAAGUAGCACUAGUGAUAAUUGGUGCUUCACUAAAUCAACAUAAAGUUCGUAAACAAUGUAAUGGACUUUGUGAGACAUUAGAGGUGCUACGCUCCCCACCUGAGCAUGUGCUCGAAGAGGAUUUUAUUAUCAAUAAUAUACAAAGGCUAAAUUUACGUGUCGAAGAUUUUCAAAUCGAACAUACACGACAAAAAAAUCGACGAGCCAAACAGAAAGCUAUGCAAGAGGCAGCUGCAGCGACGACGGCAUCCACAUCACACGGUAGUGCUGUGAGUAGCAGUAGUAGUGGUGCGGGCGGUAGUAAUGGCUAUAGGCUGUAAUGUUAGCACAAAGUGCUUAAAACCGGCAAAAGUGGAAAAUUGAAAACUAUAAAUCAUAGAAUGAAGCAUAAAACCCACAGCCGAGUUAAGUGAGGAGUUCUGACUUUGCACCAAGCUAUGUGCAUGUAUGUAGUUGUUAAAGUUUUCCGUCCUUUACUUGGUUGUGGGAAUAUUUUGUCCCUUUUGGUAGCAAUUUUUUUAAGGGUGCUAAGCAUUCACACUCAAAGUUGUUUUUUAUUGAUAAUAUUCUAGUAGAUAAGCAGCGAACAGAAAUAUAAAUUGAAUAGUGAACAUAAUAUUAAGAUAUGGAAACUACUAACCGAAAGUUUUAAAUUGAACGCACAGUAUAGAGAAAAGAAUUGCGAGUUACAGGCAAGUCUAACAGUCGAAAGUACAUACACACAAUUAAACAGACACAAUAUUAAACUAACAAUUCCAUAUGCAGCUAUCAUGAUGCCUUGAUCUUUUACUAUUUUGAAAUAUCGAAUUAAAAUUGCACAAAAUAUAUUUAAGGCACUCAUUUAAUGUGACAUUUAUGUAAUAGCGGCAAAACUUGCUUAAAUGCGAGAAAAGAGUAAACAACUAAUUGCGAUUACAUAUCAGACAACGAAGAAGGACAGACAUCACAAUGCACAGGCGCUAGCGUUAUGCGCAUGCGCAAUGAAUAUUUAAUAUUACUCAUACAUUCAAACAUGUGUUUCAUUUAGCCGCAUUAGGGCUUUUUUUUUAAUAGUUUUCAUUUUGUAUACUCGCAAUUUGUAUGAAAAAUAUAUAUAAUGGCAUUGCAAUACUGUGCUUACUAAUCUUUAACUGUAUUUUUCUCAAUUCAGUUCAAAUAAAAUGUAUACUGAGGUGAAAAAUUCAGCUUUGGUCAUUCCAAAAACUUUUUGUCUUCGUAUUUUAACUGUGAGAUUUUGCGUUAAAAAAUUUCGUAUUUCAAUUAUCAGCUGUGUAAAUUAUAACUAUGAAGUAAAAAUUAUUAUCAAUAAAAUUAUAAUUUAUACGAUAUGUAUAAUCAUAACUAUAGUUCUUAUAUACACGCAUAUACAUAUACAUGCAUAUAAUAUAUAUUUAUAUAUUAAAAUCUAAAUUCGUGCAAUUUAUCUGCUUACCUUCCAAAGGAAUACAAAUUGUUUAUAAACUAAGUAUUAAAUAUUUAUAUUAUUAAAACUACUAAUUUUACCUAUCGUUGUGCAGCUAAGCAUUUUUUUGCUGCUUAAGUUAUAAUUUAUGCUUGUGAUUAAGACAGCCAUAAAAUAAUUUGUAUUUUCUUCUCGAUUUAAUUCGUUUUUGUAAGAAAGAAGUUUUGCUUUUACAAUUAAAUAUGCAAAUUCGUAUAACAGUUUUUCAAUUCAUAGCCAACAAUUUCUUUAGUACUAAACUUUGCCCUUAAAACACAUUGAAGCACAAAACUCAAUAUUUUCUAAAUAAAAAAUAAAGCUGCAUAAAUUCACUUACAUAAACAACGAAAAUUUAAUAUAAUACAUAAUUAUUUAAGCAAGAAAAAGGCAAUUUUUAGGAAAGAAACGACAAUUUAUCUUGAAAAAAUACAACAUUAGCAGAGAAGAUGUAGGAAAAAUUGGUUGGUUUUUAAUAAAAAUAUAAAACUAAUAGUAUUUAUAUAUAUUUAAUUUGUAUAUAAGUAAUUGCAACAUUAUAUACAAGUUUACAUAUCUAUAAGUUCAUAAUCACACAUUUAUUAAACGAACUUAUUAAAAGCUUUAUUUAUUAACGAACACAAAUACAUACACAUUUAUUUAUGUAUGUCUGGUUCUUCCAAAUUUUCAAGAAACCUCCUAAAUAAAAAUUGAAUUAUAAAUACAAAACACUGUUCAAUAUAUUUAUUGUAGGUAUUAGUAUGCAUACAAAUGGAUCAAACAUUAUUUUUUUAACAAGUGUUUUGGCUUGUUUUCAUUAAUUAUUUGAACCUAGUUGAAAAGGGCAAAAAUGUCACGUUUAUUCCAUUAUGAAUCCCUUAAAUGUUAGCAAAAACUACACAAGAACUAACAGAAAUCAUACAUUCUAAUUGUCAUAUUCUUGUAAAAAUAACACAUUUACAAAAAAAAUAAAAAAUAAAAAAAAUAUGCACACAUACACGUAUAACACCCAACUGUGUAUGUACUUUCGGAAUUUACAAUUUUUAGAACAACAAUGCUAUAGAGUAAGUGAUGAGUAAAAGAAUGCUUGUAACCGUGAAAUGUGAAUGAAAUAUGUAUAAAUAUGCAGUUUAAUAAAAUGUGUAAGAUUUUGGAAACACAAAUA